GACGAAGAGAUUGGGAUGGAAUCUUUCAUUCGUUCAUUCUUCUUCUUCCUCUUGGCCUUCUUCUUGCUAUUCAUCCUCCAAUUCCCACCUUCCGUCAUCGGAUCCUACCCUGGUAAGCCUGCGCCAUCUGACGCAGCUGCCACAGCUCGCUGGCUGGCGUCCCAGAACUCCUGGGGCGUUCUCAGCACCAUUUCAAUUGAUUUGGAAGGAGCUCCAUUUGGAAAUGUGGCUUCAUUUAGUGAUGGAUUACCAGGGGAAGGCCUUGGCAUCCCCUAUUUUUAUUUGACAACAUUGGAUCCAACUGCAAGAGAUGCGCAGAAAGAUGAGAGAUCAUCGUUUACUAUUAGCGAGUUUCCAAUUGGAUCUUGCGGCAUGAGAGAUCCUGAGAACCCUGCUUGUGCAAAACUCACUCUUACUGGAAAGCUGAAAUUGGUUGAUGUCCAUUCUGCUGAAUGGGAGUUUGCGAAACUAGCACUUUUCUCAAAGCAUCCUGAGAUGGAAAGUUGGCCAGAAGACCACAAGUUCCAAAUAUUCAAAUUGGACAUAGAGAAUAUAUUUCUGGUUGACUGGUUUGGUGGUGCCAAGCAUAUCUCUCCAGCUCAGUACCUUGACUAUAGCAUGAAUCAAGAUUCCUUAAUGUCCCAGGCAUGAAUGAAAGCUUGUGUGUGAUAUAAAAUUGUUCUCACUACUUUGUCAUCAUGUACAUACAAGACUCUGCAUAAAAACAAGGAUUGUUGCAGGAACCAAGAUCCCUCAAUGCAACAAGAUUCUACUGUCUAUUACCAUAAGCUUGAAUACUAUAUUCCUUGUAGUUUGCUGUGUAAAUAAGAAUUGUUGAUAUUAUCUGAGCUUGUUGCUCAAAUAACCAGUAAUGCAAUAUGUGGAUGCUGUCUUACAUUUUAUUUUGAGUUUUACUGUGAUUUAGA